AUGAAAUUCACUCCAGAGGUACUUCUCGGAGCACCUCGACGGUCCAGCGCCGUGCCAAACUCUACUGGAACGCUCGCCGUCUAUACCCAGACAACCUAUUCGUUCGAGUCCCAUUCCAAAACGAAUGAGAUUCGUGUGUUAGAUAUUACAACGGGUCGGUCUGCGCUCAUAACAAACGACCCAGGCGCCAGCUCGCCGCAGUGGAUUGACGAUACUGAUCAAUUGAUCUGGCUGAAAACCAAAGGGAAUGGAAACACAAGCUUUAUAAUUGGGGAUGCUCGACAGGCAGAUAGGACAUACACUGCGGGAACAGUACCAGGACCAGUGUCAGACCUCAAAGUCACCAUUGUCGAGUCGGGAAAGAUUGGCUUCGCUGUGGCCGGCAAAUCCAACCCCGACGGGACUCUGUACAACCCACAGGACGCCAAGACACCUCCCACCACCGGCAAGUUGUAUACCUCUCUUUUCGUGAGACAUUGGGACUCGUACAUUGAGCCUCAGAGAAAUGCCAUUUUCUAUGGCUUGCUCCAGCGUGCUCCUCUGUCUCCUGCAACCCGACAGGCGGGGAAGUACUCUAUCUCCGGAAUAACGAACUUGAUUGCAGUCUGUGGGCUUACUGGCGUUGAGUCGCCAAUUCCCCCAUUUGGAGGCGGAGGUGACUUUGCAAUCAGUCCCUCGGCGAUUGUGUUUGUGGCGCGGGACCCUGGUGUUAAUCCCGCUUUGCAUACUGCAGGGUCGUGUUAUUACUGCCCGAUGUUCUCAUGGACCGGCGUGAGCGCUACUGAGCACAAAAUAUGCCGGGUCCAAGGUCUUGAAGGCGCUAUGUCGUCUCCGGUUCUUUCGUCUGAUGGCAGCUCCAUUGCUGUUUUGGCGAUGCGCAAGGACGGGUAUGAGUCGGAUAAGAACCGGAUUCUCUAUGUCCCCAACCCUUGGAAUGGUGAAAUGAUCGAAGCAUUUGCAUCUGCAGAUGGCAAGGGACUAUGGAAUCUCAGCCCGUCGGCGUUGACGUUUUCCAAUGACGAUGAGUCCUUAUACAUCCAGGUGGAGGAAUACGGUCGUGGGGUACUUUAUCAGCUACCAGUUUUCAACAUCCGCCAUUCUUCACCUGAUAUGCUUAAGAAGAUCACCAGCUCAGGCUAUGUGACAGACGUCCACCCUGCCACCUCCAAGUCGUCGAAGCUGCUUAUCUCCAGUAACAAUCUGGUGGACAACAGCAUAUGGACAAUUAUCAACCCGGAGGACCCUAGCGACAACCGUGUCAUCUCUUCAAUUGGGCAUGGUGGAGCUGCUUUUGGGCUUUCCUCAGCUCAAGUGGACGAGAUUUGGUACAGAGGGGCGGAGGACACCCCGAUCCACGCGUGGGUGGUCAAGCCGUCUAGGUUUCGACCAGGGGCCAAGUACCCCCUGGCUUUUCUGGUCCAUGGUGGUCCACAGGGAGCGUGGAAUGAUCAAUGGAGUACAAGGUGGAAUCCUGCCGUCUUUGCUGAGCAAGGAUAUGUGGUGAUUACACCUAACCCGCGAGGCAGCACUGGCUAUGGGCAAGAUUUCACCGAUGCGAUCCGCGGGAACUGGGGUGGGCUGCCCUACAUCGAUCUCGAAAGAGGGUUCGACUAUAUCGAAAAGAACCUAGAGUAUGUCGACACGACCCGCGCUGUCGCCUUGGGCGCGUCGUACGGCGGAUACAUGAUGAACUGGAUCCAGGGCCAGCCGCUCGGACGGCGAUUCAAAGCUCUUGUAACGCAUGAUGGCAUCUUCAGUAUGACCUCUUUGCUUGCGACCGAAGAAUUGUACUUCCCUCUUCACGAUCUCAAGGGCGUGCAGUGGAAAGUUCCUGAGAACUGGGCACAGUGGGAUCCCUCCCGUUACCUGGAUCAGUGGCAGACGCCACAUCUCAUCAUCCAUAAUGAGAAGGACUAUCGCUUGACGAUAGCUGAAGGUCUAUCUGCAUUCAAUGUGUUGCAGAUGAAGGGAAUCGACAGCGCUUUCUUGACGUUCCCAGACGAGAAUCAUUGGGUUUUGAAUCCCGAGAAUGCGCUGAUGUGGCAUUAUACUAUUUUCAAUUGGAUCAACAAACAUGUCGGUCUCCCUGCCGCGUCCGAGCGCUAUGAACAGUUUCUGGGCAAUGAAAAGGCAGCUCUCCAGAACCGCUUGGCGGACGUGCGCCUUUCAUAG